CCGAACGUGGCGCGGCACUACGCGGACGCGAACGUAAACCGCCCGAGGCAGUAUUGGGAUUACGAAAACUUUGCUGUCAAUUGGGGGCUUCCUGAUGGCUAUGAAGUGAUAAGGAAAUUGGGGCGUGGGAAGUACAGCGAAGUGUUUGAGGGGAUUUGCGUCAGCAGCAGCAGCAGCAGCAGCAGCAGCAGCAGCAGCAGCAGCAGCAGCGGCAGCAGCAGCAGCAGCGGCGCCGCAGGGGAGCGCGACGACCCCGCGGCUGCUGCUGCUGCCGCGGACGCGGCCUCGGACGCGCCUGCUGCUGCUGCUGCUGCAGACCCCCAGCAGCAGCAGCAGCAGCAGCAGCAGCAGCAGCAGCAGCAGCAGCAGCGGAAAAGCCUCGCCGUGGUGGGCCAGCGCUGCGUCAUCAAAGUUUUGAAACCCGUCAAGAAAAAGAAAAUCCGAAGAGAAAUUAAAAUCCUCCAAAACCUCUUUGGAGGUCCCAACAUCAUCAAACUCCUCGACGUUGUCAAAGACCCUCUCAGCCGCACUCCCGCGCUCAUCUUCGAGUAUGUAAACAACGUCGACUUCAAGACUCUUUACCCGACUCUUCAAGACUACGAAAUCCGCUACUACAUUUACCAAAUACUGAGGGCUCUGGACUACUGCCACAGCCAGGGUAUAAUGCACCGCGACGUGAAGCCGCACAACGUCAUGAUAGAUCAUGAGAAGAGGGAAUUGCGUCUGAUCGACUGGGGCUUGGCGGAGUUUUAUCACCCAGGCCACGAGUACAACGUUCGCGUGGCGAGCCGCUACUACAAGGGGCCAGAGCUGCUGGUCGAUUUGCAGGUUUAUGAUUAUUCUCUUGACAUUUGGAGUUUGGGCUGCAUGCUGGCGGGCAUUAUUUUCCGGAAGGAGCCUUUCUUUUACGGACAUGACAAUUACGACCAACUGGUGAAGAUUGCGAGGGUGUUGGGAACUGAGGGUUUGUACGCGUACUUGGAAAAGUACGACUUGGAGUUGGAAAAGAACUUUUUGCAACUGAUUGGAAAACACUCCAAAAAAAGCUGGACGAGAUUUAUAAACGAAGAAAACAAAACCCUCGCAGUUCCCGAGGCUGUGGACUUGCUGGACAAAAUGUUGAUAUACGACCACCAGCAAAGAAUUCUGCCCCGCGACG